GUUUAAAUAUAUGUGCAUUGUCUUGCCAGUCUAAGCCCUUUAGAACCUGUGUCCUUUGGACAUGUGGUACAGAAAAUAGAGACAUGGCCUCUAUUCACUCUGAAUGUUGUUAUUGGUCAUGAGUUUUCACAAUAGGUAUUGUCUGUACUUUGGACCUGGUCAGGUAUAAAUACAGGAGUUGAACUAGACUGGUUGUCAAGCCACAAGUGGAAGCAGCUUGGAAAAAACACAACAAUGGGCAGGGUUAUCUUCUAUGAGGACAGGAACUUCAUGGGGCGCUCCUGGGAGUGCACCGGUGAUUGUGCCGAUAUGCACUCUUACAUGAGUCGCUGUCACUCCUGCAGGGUGGAGAACGGAUGCUGGAUGGUCUACGACCGCAACAACUACAUGGGAAACCAGUAUUUCAUGAGGAGGGGCGAGUACCCUGACUACAUGAGCAUGUGGGGCUGGGGCAACAACUGCAUCAGGUCCUGCCGCAUGAUCCCCAUGUACAGAGGAUCCUACAGAAUGAGGCUCUAUGAGAGGGACAACUUCAUGGGUCAGAUGAUGGAGGCGACGGAUGACUGUGAUUCCUUCAUGGAUCGCUACCACUGGUCCAGCGGCUGCAUGUCCUGUCACGUGAUGGACGGCCACUGGCUCAUGUAUGAGAAUCCCCACUACAGAGGCAGGAUGUGGUACUUCAGGCCCGGAGAGUACAGGAACUUCAGGGACUACGGUGGCAUGAGGUUCAUGAGCAUGAGGCGCAUCAUGGACUCCUGGUAUUAA